CAGUGGGACACCGGGAUGUGGGCACACCGGGAUGUGGGCACACCAGUGGGGCACUGGGAUGUGGGCACCAGGACCCGAGCAUGGAGGGACACAGGGACCAGGACACGGCAGGAUACCGGACACCUGAGCUGUCACUCAGGCGGGACCGGAAGGGGGCCCAGAGCCCGGAUGUUGUUGCGCGGAGCCCGGGGGCUGGCGGGGGCGCGUCGGGGGGAGCCCCCGGAUGGCACCAGCGGCAGUGGGGGGGGGCUCGGGGCAGGGCCCCCCCUGUCCCACCGCCCCCACACCUCCAGCACUGGGGAGCACUCGGACACCCCAGCAGAGGACAGCAGCACCGCAGGGAGCGGGGGGGGACCCCGAGGUGCCGAAGGGCUCCCCCCGGCCCCGACCCACUGCUGCGGCACCGGCUGCCCCACAUGCGUGUGGGUCACGUACGUGGAGGAGCUGCUGCGGCAGUGCCAGGACGGAGGCGCCCGCGCCCUGGCGGCCGUGGAGGAGCACGUGGAGGACGAGAACGUCAAAGCCGUGCUCAGGAUGGAGAUCAGGCUGCGCAUGGGGAAGCACUGAGCACCCCCCGGCCCCACUGAGCCUAUGGGGACACCCCCCAUAAGAGCCUCUGCAUGUCCAAACAGGGCUGUGCUGGUUGGAAGUGUGUCUGUGUGUGCUGGGCUGGGCACAUCCUGACCCCCCAGGCCCUGAGCGGCAUCACCCCAUGGGCCGGCAGCGGCUCCGUGUGCUGAGCGCCCUGCGCCGGUCAGUCCCAUCCAAGGGCAGUGGUGCUUCCCCCCCCCCAACCCCGUCACUGCUCUCGCCCUGUCCUUGUGCUCCCAGCCUGGGCUUUAAGCACCGUUGUGAGUGGGGAGGGUUGGGACCCAGCACCAGACCCCCCCUCCCUGCGGCUCUAAGCCUCUUAGGGGCUUCUGCGGUGUGAAGGGAGGCAGAGGCUGUGUGCGGCCCCCAGCACGUGGGGCUGCAGCCUCCAAGGGCACCAGCGCUCAGGUCACAGCCAAAGGGCUGCUCCUGAUGCCCUUUCCUCCUCCGUUGCCUUUGUUUCCAUGUUAAACCCCAUCAGUUUGGCUCAGCUCAUCCCUGCUCCAUCCUGCCCGUCGGGGCCAUCGGGAUGAGCUUCCCCAAGGAGCCACGAAGCCUUGGAGCUGAGCUAGAGGCAGCCAUUGAGCCCAGGGCCCUGCUCUGUGCCAGAGGAGGAGCUGGUUCUGCUGCCUCCAUAGGAAACACACCCAGAUCCCUGUAAUCCUCUUGGUGGAGUCCAACUAAUUGCAAUUAGCGGCAGGGGCUGAAGUUCAAUUAAAGUGUACUGAGAUCA